AACAAAAUUUCCUCUGCACGGCUUGUCAUCUGCGAUCGUUAGUUCGCCUCGCACUGGCGCGCAAAACGGUCGGGCUUUGAAUUGCAGCAACUCGGUGAAACGUUCGUUACGCGCGCAGCGCAACAAGGUGCUUCUGUGGUGACGUCGGCGGUGCAACGAGAAAGUGGUGCAUUCCACGAACAAUCGGGUUUUUGGAAGUGUGCAAAAAAAAUAAACAAAUUAAAAUAAAAAAAAUUAAAUAUGUCUACAAAUAAUCAGAACGGGAGAGAUGCGCAACUGCCGAUGCCGGACCACUCGAGGGGCAACGACGACGACGGUGUAAAAAAGGGACAAUCGUUUCUCGGUACCGGCCACAACGCACGGGAUGUGGUAUCAAUCUUCUUGGCGGAGUUCAGUGGCACUGCGACGCUCGUGUUUCUGGGAUGCAUGUGCUGCGUUACCGGUUUUGGGAACACGCCUACUCACGUGUCCGUCGCAAUCGGGAUUGGCUUCACAAUCAUGAUGGCCAUCAUCAUAUUCGGUCACGUUUCCGGUGCACAUAUCAAUCCGAGUUUGUCGAUUGCAGCGCUGGUUUAUGGAUUAUUGAAUAUUCCGAUGUUCAUCCUCUAUCUGAUCGCCCAAUUCCUGGGAGGCCUAUGCGGUUAUGGUUUGCUAAUGGCUGUUACCCCUAUGAAGUUGUUCACCGAAGCGCUGGAAACCGGAAAUGGAGCUUGUGUCACCGCACCACAUGACGAUCUCAGCACAUGGGAAGCAUUCGGAGUGGAAUUUUUCAUAACCGGAAUUCUGGUUUGGACGUGUUGUGGGUUGUGGGACCCCCGGAACAGUAAAUUUGGAGAAGGUUUACCGGUGAAGUUCGCGCUGAUUAUUGUCGGAAUUGCGAUUGCUGCUGGACCGUACACUGGGGCGAGUAUGAACCCGGCCAGAACCCUUCCGCCGUCGGUAUGGAAUGCAAGCUACAAAUCUACUUGGAUUUACUUCGUCGCACCACCACUAGCCGGUAUGGUAAUGCCCUUGAUCUACAAGUACGUCUUCCGACGAGAGGCUCCUCAAGAUGAGCACACAGCAAUGAUCACCAGGACAACGGAACAAAUCAAAGCUAGUAUCGUAGAACAACAUCGUAUCUAAGCCGAUUACAAAAUUGAUAAAAUCUACUGGGAAGUUGAACCACGAAAAGUCUGCUCAUAUUUAGGUUAAGUUACGUGAUAGGAUAAGCUAUUAUCAUUCAAUGAUACUAAUAACUACAUCUGUGAGAAAUUAUAUAACAAGCAAGUUUGGCUUUUUAUAUAAGGAAAUAUUGUGGGGUAGAAGCUUCAGUUUUGGCCAGUCCGGAGUUUUGGCCAUAGUGCGGUAUUGAGCCUGUUGCGAUCUAAAUCGGCGUAAAUUUAUUUUUUACUAGUAGAUCCUAAUACAAUAUGAUGAUUACAGCUGUGAAAACCACACAUUUUGAUUAAAAACUGGAAGAAAAAAAUAUAUUUCCUUAAAAAAUCUGCUCCCAUAUAUCUAUUUUGGCCAGGGUGCUUCUAAUUUGGCCACUCCCAUAAGAAAUACACGUGAUUGGCCAAAAUAGAAACCAAACUUAAGAAUAUGGCCAAAACUGCGGCAGAGAUUCUAUUUUGGCCAGUGCCACUUUUAAUACUAAAAUCAAGUAUUGGCAUGAUUUCUGCAUUUUUCCUUCAAAAUAUAGAUUGAAACCAUUCUUUUGACGCAUUGGUUGUUUUCAUAGGAUUAUUGGUUAUUUUUAUAAAAAUGAUUUCCCUUAGACUGGCCAAAACCGGUGCCCGCACCCUGCAUGAUUUUAAAUGCAGAUCAAAUUUAAGGAGUUUGUUGAGGUCGAGCACAAAAUCGAUUUUUUUAUUCUUUUAUCAUAAAGUAUGGGUUCUUGAGAAUGCUGUGUCAAAUUUUCAUACAGUUCCAAGCAGUAAAAGCAAAGAUAUAGGUAGUGUUUUGCGCCUCGCUCCCAUGCGGACGCGUAGUGCAUACUUGAAAGCUUAAACGCGAAUAUGUCGGAAUUAUGUUAUCCAAAAUCGUCGACUACGAUUGCGAAACAGUUUUCAACCGAUUUCAUCCAUUUUUUUAGUGUUCGCUAUUAAUGUGUCGUGUCCUUGAACGAUCGACAUUUUUCAAAAUAAAAUUCAUAUCAGUGUUAUGAUUUUUUUCAUACAUUUUUUGCAUAAAAAAAGUGAUUUUUUGGAAAAAAAUAAUCAUCCCCGUUUGGAAUAGAGAUGGGAAAACUAACUCAAUUUUGAGAGUUAAUUGCUUCCGAUUCACUCUCAAAAAAGAGUCGACUCUUUGGAUCGAUUCAGUAACUCAUUUCCUGAAUUUGAUGAAAAAGUAAUCAUUCAAUGUUAGGCGACUCCUUUUCGACAAAAUCCGCUCGCAUAGUACGGACGUCGACUCACCCGUCUUAGCAUGACAAAUAAAAAGCAGGAUACAUUGAUUUUUGUUCCUCCCACUAAAGAAUCGAAUCACUACUGGUGCGAGUCGGUGCGAAACAAAUGAUCGAUUGGCAAAAGAAUGCAAUGUUCUGCGUCUAAUUAUCAUCAAAUUGCGAAGUCAUGCCAAUCCUUUUCAGCAACUUGUUAGACUUGUAAUGAACUUCAGUGAAUCGUGACUCUUGAAAAAAAAUCAUGGUUCACUCACUCGCGAAUCGAUUCUUUGAGUCGACUCGCGAGUGAGUUGCCCAUUUCUAGUUUGGAAACUAAAACGGACAAUCACAAGGUCCUCUAGUAACAGUUUUCAUUUGGGUUUGUGCUGGGUUGAGCCGUUGGACUGUAAUCAUAGUCACGGCAAACCUCUUGAAAGAAAAAAAAACGUUUUUGCUCCAUUCAAAUCUCCUGGGGCAGUUAGGAUUUAUCCUAUUUUGCAUCAGAAGGGAUUUGAUUAUUUCAAUCAUUUUUUGAAAAAAACUACUUGUUUGUGGUUUUGCUACAGGGUAUAUUCCCAAAUCCUGGCGGGAUAUUACUGUAAAGUUUAUUCCGAAAGUGAGUCGUGCGUCGUAUGAAGAAGCAAAGAGUUUCAGACCUAUCAGUUUGUCCUCUUUUCUUCUGAAAUGCUUAGAACGCAUUGCCGACCAUCACAUCCGUGAUGUUGACCAAUGUGCCUCUUCAUGUGAACCAACAUGCUAAUCAAUCUAGAAAGUCAACUCUUUUACACAAAGUUGUUUACGAUAUCUAGAAGGCAUUCGCUCAAAAGCAAUCUUGUUUGGGUGUUUUCUUAGAUAUCGAAGGUGCUUUUGACAACGUGCCUUUCGAUGCCAUAUUGGAAGCCGCACGGAGUCAUGGUAUAUCUCCAAUGAUUUCCAAUUGGAUUUACCAAAUGCUCAAAAACCGACAUAUCUUCUCGACAUUGCGUCAAGCGGCGAUUAGAAAAUUGAGUGUUUAUGGAUGCCCCCAAGGGGGAGUCUUAUCACCUCUUUUGUGGAAUCUCGUAGCAGAUACGCUAUUGAGACAACUCAAUAAUGGCGGUUUUCCUACUUAUGGAUUUGCCGACGACUACCUAACAUUUUUAGUCGUUAUGUGCAUCAGCACAGCACCCUUUUCGACCUGAUGCAAAACGCUCUUUAGGUAGUUGAGGAUUGGUGUCGCCAAUAUGGCCUUUCGGUAAACCCGAGUGAAACAUCUAUUGUUCUUUUCACGGAAAAGCGAAACCGUAAUGGUGUUCGACCUUGCCGUCUCUUUAAUUCUGAAAUCAAUGUGACUGAACAGGUAAAAUACGUUGGAGUCAUUUUUGAUUCCAAGUUUUCCUGGACACCUCAUAUUGAGUUCAGAAUCAAGAAAGCUUGUAUGCCGACGAACCUUUGGUACAACUUGGGGUCUAAAACCCAAGUAUAUCAAAUGGAUUUACACAACUGUUGUUCGUCCAAUAUUGGCCUAUGGAUGUCUUGUGUGGGCGAAGUGAGAACGGUCCAAUAAAUAUUAGGCCAUCUCCAAAGGAUGUGCUUAAUGUCCAAAGGAUGUGCGAUGUCUAGAGCGUUCUCUUCAACUCCCACGGCAACGCUCGAGGUUCUCUUUGACGUUGCCCCACUACACAUUCAUCUCAAACAAGAGGCACUUUCUUGCACUUACCGCUUCUGGGUACUCGGUUUACUAGAGGAAACUCCUGUGAACCGCAGCUCAACACACACCUCGUUGUUUCCAUUUUUGGUGAAUUGGGUCAAAGUUGUCCUUGCUCCAAUUGAUCUU